GAUUACUGUGCUUUUUAAGGUUAGCAGGUUUCUUCGGAUUGUACUAUAAAUUUUAUUAAUUUGUUACUGAUUUUAAACCAAAUAAUUGAUAAUACGUUGAAUACACUGUAAAUUAAAAAAAUGGGAAGAUAUUUUAUAAAGUUUUCAUAUCUUGGUACACAAUACAGGGGCAUGCAAAAAAAUAUAAUUCCAAGGGAAGGUAAUAUUCUAAUGCAUGAUACAGAUACUAUUCAAGGUACUUUAGAAACUGCUUUAACAAAGAUACUUCCAAAAUGUACAAAAUGGCCAAAGCUAACUUGCUCUAGCAGAACAGAUAGUGGUGUACAUAGUUUAUGUAAUACAGCUCAUGUUGAUAUAGAAAAUAAGUUGGAUUACAUUUAUAAUCCCCACGAAGUACUAAAAAUUGUGAAUCGACAUUUAAAUCAUAGCAGUCAUGAUAUUAGGCUCUUGGAAUUUAUACCAGUGAACAAAAAUUUUCAUGCAAGAAAACUUGCAAAAUCUAGAACUUACAUCUAUAGAUUUGGAAAGGCUAAAUAUGACAAUGAACAUAGACUUCCUCUGGCAGAAAUAAAACAAUCCUUUCAUCUUAGUGCAGAAAAUUUUGACUUUGAAAGAGUAAAAUGUGCAAUACAACUUUUUAUGGGGUUAAAAGAUUUUAGAACAUUUAGUGCAAAAAAUAAUUCAUCAAUACCAAUUAAUUAUGUAAGGCAACUAAAUAGUUUUACCUUAGAAAAAAGUAAUCCACUUAUGCCAUAUGAUCCCCUAUCUGAAAACUAUGAAUACUGGCAUUUUGUAGUCUCAGGAAGGUCCUUUUUAUAUAAUCAGGUUAGACGAAUGGUAGGUGCUUUAUUAGCUCUAGGGGUAGGCAGAAUAACAGAAAGAGAUAUAAAUAUAAUGUUACAAGUUCCUGGACAUCAUAAUUGGCUUACAAAAAUAAGCAUGGUUCCACCACGUGGUUUAUAUCUUGUGAAUAUAGAAUACUGUCAAGAAGAAUUAGAUAAAUAUACUAUAAAAUAUAAAUUAUCUUCUGACAGUGAAAGAGUUGAACCAAUAGAGGCAAAUGAAAUAUAA